ACACUUUCUUAACAUCGCUUUCGCACACUUUCGCUCCUAAACCUCUUCAACUUCAAAUACAGACGCCGCGCAUUUGACAGGCAGCGACAGGGUUUCCAUUUUGACAUUGCGCUUCGACUAAUGGCAGACAGCGGCUCGCCUUCUGGCAGCGCGGCUCCCAAACCGAAGCGCAGCUUCUUCAAGCAGCCGUCAUGGGCGACGAAAAAGAGCGACAAAAGCAAGGAUGACGAAGAUCCAACCGCCAUGUUUGAUGGGUCGCGCUCAACUUUCAGUGAAAUCGUAGCAGAACAAGGACGCCAAAGACGCACAAGGUUGACGGAGCGCGAGAAGCAUGAGAUACCCAAGACGGAGCGCAAAGACUCUCGAGAAAGCAAGCGAAGGAGAAUAAGCGACAAGACCGAAGAGAGCAGCGACGAGGAAGAUUGGGUCAAGUCUGAGCUCGGUAGCAAGAAGAAGCAAAUCACAUCGGCAAGUCGAAGAGCAAAUUUCGGAAGCCCUGUGUCGCCGCCUGCGAAACGCCGUCCGUCUUCGCAAUCCCUACACUACGAAGACAACGUAAGUGCGCACAAAGAAGGGCAGAAACAGGCUGUCGUCGUUGAUUUAGGUUCUUCAUCUGGCGAUGACGAACCUCAUCCGGCAGCCGCCCCUAAGCCCAAGGAGAAUUCGGUGCCAAAAGACGAGGACGACGACAUAAGCGAGUCAGAUCCUGAGCUUCGUGAGAUUAUACGGGAAUCUAGGCGGAAGCGUAGGCUGGCUCAACAGGCGAAGACAAUGCAAGGGGCACCAUCAGUCAAUAUAGGGCACUCAGGAUCAACACCAAGUACAGGCCCGAAUACUCCUAACGCCGCCAAUGCACCUCCAGAUCCGUCUUUGAAAAUCUUCGUCAAUCCUCGAAUUCCAAACACCAAGCCUCUGAUUGUCACGCGCAAGCUCUCGCAACGCAUGAAGGAAGUCCGCGAAGCAUGGUGUAAGAGGCAAGGCUUCGACCGCGAAACGUCAGAAAUGGUUUUCUUCACUUUCAGAGGCAUCCGGCUUUACGAUGUUGCUACUGGACGGAGCUUAGGUCUUACUGUGAAUUCCGAAGGCCAUCUUGCAAUGAACGGCAGACAGGAUGCAUUUGACGAUGAAGGAGGCAAAGUGGAGGUAGAGGCAUGGACACAGGAACUAUUCGACGAAGACAAGAAGGCAGCCAGGCAGAUUACAGAACCACAACCAGAAAUUGAUGAUGAAGAGCCGCCACCGGAGCAAAAGAAGGACCAGAUCAAGGUCGUGAUCAAAUCAAGAGAGUAUAACGAGUGCAAACUCAUUGUCAAGCCGACCACGACUUUUGAGAGGAUGGCGAACGCAUAUCAUAACAGGAUGCAGCUCCCUGAAGAGAAGAAAGGCAAAUUCUAUUUUGCCUUUGACGGCGACCGCCUGGACCCAACACAAACCAUGGCCGAGCUUGACGACUUUGAGGAUGGUGAUUCGUUGGAAGUCUUCUUCGGAGCAUGAGGUCUUGUAAAAAGUAGGAAUUGCUUCUGAUUUUUAAGUUUGGGCCGGACAAAAUUAGGCGAUGCGCAUUAUCGGUGGUUGACCUCUUCUUGGGCGAAGCGUUGCAUUAUGGAUUGGGAACAUCAGAUACCCGGGACUCCUCUGGCUUGCAGUUUUCUGGCGCUGGAUAUUCACGCUUUCUUAAGGAUGUGGUGAAAGGUGGUGAUUUGGUAGAUAUGAAGAGGCUCUACGAGCUGUUACCCUCC